CAGAACCGCUCGAGCCUCGAUACGAAUUUCGUCGGAGGGGCCCGAUAGAAAAACCGAGGGAUCCAGCCACCCCUAACGAACACACGACUGAACGACCCCCUGGCUCGAUCAGGGAUCGAAACCCGGAUACACGAGUCGCAAGUGCGCGCACCGACACACAGUGAGGAAGUUACUCGAAAAGGGAACGGACGCUUGCGCAGGGGCUGUCGGCGUUCGCGCGAGGCAACCUCGAGCCAGUAGUGGCUGAACAUCGGUGCACCAUCGGAGGUUAGGACGUCGCCGACACCGUGGUCGUCGUCGUCGCGGACGAGGCGAAAACGUUCUGCACCGUAGCAAGGCGGAGCGAGGCGUGGAGGGCAAAAACAUGUCGAACCGUGAUCGCGUGUGACCAUAAUCGCCCUAUCGACUACGAGGUGGGCUCGGUCGACUAGCGAGCCGCGAAGAAGCUGCAGACACGAACGAGGGAAAAUACGAGCGAACGAGGCGGCGAAGGAGCUCGUCCAGGUCACGUGAAAACGUACCGACGGGAUGGCUGACAGCGAGGGCGGCUCCGAGCAGGAUGACGUAUCCUUCCUCCGUACGGAGGACAUGGUGUGUCUGUCCUGCACCGCAACUGGUGAAAGAGUUUGUCUCGCGGCCGAGGGUUUUGGUAACAGACACUGCUUCCUCGAGAACAUAGCAGACAAGAACAUACCGCCGGACCUGUCGCAAUGCGUAUUCGUAAUCGAGCAGGCUCUCUCGGUGAGAGCGCUGCAGGAAUUGGUUACUGCCGCCGGUUCCGAGACGCAGCAAGAAAAUUUAGGAAAAGGCACCGGAUCUGGACACAGAACGCUAUUGUACGGCAAUGCCAUUUUGCUGAGGCAUCAGAACAGCGACAUGUAUUUGGCUUGUCUAUCGACCAGUUCGUCCAACGACAAGUUGGCUUUCGACGUAGGUCUGCAACAACAUUCUCAAGGGGAGGCCUGCUGGUGGACCGUUCAUCCAGCGUCGAAACAAAGGUCCGAGGGUGAAAAGGUUCGAGUUGGUGACGACCUCAUUCUGGUAUCCGUGGCCACAGAAAGAUACUUGCACACCACGAAAGAGAACGAUCUGUCGGUCGUGAAUGCCUCGUUCCACGUGACCCACUGGUCCGUACAGCCGUACGGUACUGGAAUUAGUCGAAUGAAGUAUGUCGGUUAUGUAUUCGGCGGUGAUGUUCUGCGGUUCUUCCACGGCGGUGACGAAUGCCUCACUAUACCGUCGAGUUGGAGUACGGCGGCCAGUCAAAAUAUAGUGAUCUACGAAGGAGGGAGCGUAAUGAGCCAGGCGAGAUCUUUGUGGAGGCUAGAGCUGGCGAGGACGAAAUGGGCGGGUGGGUUCAUCAAUUGGCUGCACCCUAUGAGAAUCAGGCACCUUACCACUGGACGUUAUCUCGGUGUGAAAGAAAACAACGAACUAUAUCUGGUCGACAGGAACGAGGCGACGAUCGAGACGUCGACGUUCUGGCUGCGACAGGAGAAAGAUGACCAGAAGAUCGUUCUCGAGGACAAAGACCUCGAGGUCAUCGGUAUGCCGAUUAUCAAGUACGGUGACUCCACUGUCAUCAUGCAGCACGCUACUACGUGUCUCUGGGUCUCAUACAAGUCGUACGAGACGAAGAAGAAAGGCGUGGGCAAAGUGGAGGAGAAGCAAGCUGUCCUCCACGAGGAAGGAAAGAUGGACGACGGUCUGGACUUCUCCCGUUCGCAAGAAGAGGAAUCGCGUACGGCGCGGGUGAUACGAAAGUGCAGCAGCUUGUUCACCCAGUUCAUCACAGGCCUAGAGACGCUGCAAGUAGAUAGAAGAGCGUCUAUGUUCUUCCAAAAUGUCAAUCUGAACGAAAUGGUGAUGUGUCUGGAAGACUUGAUUAAUUAUUUUGCUCAACCCGAGGACGACAUGGAACACGAGGAGAAACAGAACAGGUUCCGCGCUUUGAGGAACCGUCAGGACCUAUUCCAAGAGGAGGGCAUACUGAAUCUGAUUCUGGAAGCCAUCGACAAGAUCAACGUGAUCACGUCGCAGGGCUUCCUCGUGGCACUUUCAGGGGACGAGAGUGGCCAGGCUUGGGACCAAAUAUCCGGAUACUUGUAUCAAUUACUGGCCGCGAUCAUCAAGGGAAACCACACGAACUGCGCCCAGUUCGCCAACAGCAAUCGUCUCAACUGGCUGUUCAGCCGACUGGGCUCGCAGGCCUCCAGCGAAGGCACUGGGAUGCUGGACGUGCUACACUGUGUCCUCAUUGACUCGCCGGAGGCGUUGAACAUGAUGAGGGACGAGCACAUAAAAGUCAUCAUUUCGCUGCUCGAGAAGCACGGAAGGGAUCCAAAAGUCUUGGACGUCCUCUGCUCGCUGUGCGUGGGUAACGGCGUCGCGGUUCGCUCGUCGCAGAACAAUAUAUGCGACUUUCUGCUGCCAGGGAAAAAUCUUCUCCUUCAAACCCAACUGGUCGACCACGUGGCCAGCAUCAGGCCCAACAUAUUCGUGGGCAGAGUGGAAGGUUCAGCGCUUUAUCAAAAGUGGUACUUUGAGGUCACCGUGGAUCACAUCGAGCAGACGACGCACAUGAUGCCUCACUUGAGAAUUGGCUGGGCGAACACCGCGGGAUACAUGCCAUACCCUGGUGGUGGCGAAAAAUGGGGUGGAAACGGGGUUGGCGACGACCUCUACUCGUUUGGUUUCGACGGAGCGCACCUGUGGACAGGUGGCAGGAAAACGCAGGUGGUGCACAACGCCACGGAGCCUUACAUCAGGAAAAGCGACGUGAUUGGAUGCGCAUUGGACCUGACAGUCCCUAUAAUUACGUUUACUUUCAACGGAGCACCUAUCCUGGGUUCCUUCCGAAAUUUCAACCUGGAUGGAAUGUUUUUCCCUUCGAUUAGCUGCUCGUCCAAACUGUCCUGCAGAUUCCUCCUGGGAGGAGACCACGGUCGACUAAAAUUCCAGCCACCAGAGGAAUUCUCACCCCUGGUAGAGAGUCUCCUUCCCCAGCAGAUUCUAUCGCUGGAUCCCUGCUUCUACUUUGGAAACAUGAACAAAGUCGUCUUGGCUGGCCCGUGGCUCGUCGAAGACGACACUGCUUUCGUUCCUGCGCCCGUCGAUACGUCCAUGAUCAACCUACCCUCCUACGUCGAGCAGAUAAGGGACAAGCUGGCGGAAAACAUCCACGAGAUGUGGGCUAUGAACAAGAUCGAGGCUGGAUGGAUCUAUGGAGAGCACAGGGACGACUUGAGGAAGAUUCAUCCCUGUAUCGUACAGUUCGAAAGGCUGCCAGCCGCUGAGAAGCGUUACGACACUCAACUGGCUGUACAGACGUUGAAGACCAUCUUGGCCCUGGGAUACUACAUCACCAUGGACAAGCCACCAUCUAGGAUAAAGACUCUGAGACUACCAAACGAGCCCUUCAUGCAGAGCAGUGGGUACAAGCCAGCACCUCUGGAUCUCACCGCGAUAUCCCUCACUCCAAAAAUGGAAGAACUGGUAGAUCAGCUCGCGGAGAACACUCACAAUUUGUGGGCCAAGGAGAGGAUCAGCCAGGGAUGGACCUACGCUCUUAAUGAAGACUCUGAGAUGAGGAGGAGCCCCCAUUUAGUCCCGUAUCCAAAGGUGGACGAAGCCAUCAAGAAAGCUAAUCGCGAUACAGCUAGCGAGACUGUUAGAACGCUGUUGGUUUAUGGGUACAUGUUGGAACCACCUACUGGAGAACAGCACGAAGCACUACUUUUGGAAGCCAGCAGACUACGGCAAUCAUCCUUCAGGACUUAUAGAGUCGAGAAACACUACGCAGUGAGCAGCGGGAAGUGGUACUUCGAGUUCGAGGUUCUAACCGCUGGACCAAUGCGCGUCGGUUGGGCAAAAGCUGAUUGCAUGCCUGGAAGCAUGCUGGGAAGCGACGAAAACACCUGGGCCUUCGACGGUUACAACGAGGAAAAAGUAUACUCGGGCACAGCCGAAACAUUUGGCAAACAAUGGCAGAUUGGAGACGUUGUCGGGGUAUUCCUGGAUCUAAUUGACCGAACGAUUAGCUUUUCUCUGAACGGAGAAUUGUUGAUGGACGCGCUUGGCGGUGAAACGUCCUUCGCUGACGUGCAGGGAGAUUGCUUUGUUCCUGCUUUCACACUGGGAGUUGGCCAGAAGGCGAAAUUGACGUUUGGGCAGGAUGUAAACACUCUCAAGUUCUUUACAACUUGUGGUUUGCAGGAAGGAUACGAGCCAUUCUGCGUAAACAUGAACCGCCCAGUGACGUACUGGUUCACCAAAGAUCAACCGAUCUUCGAAAACACCGACGACAUGGCCGACACGAGGAUAGACGUCGCCAGAAUACCGGCUGGUUCCGACACUCCACCCUGCUUGAAGAUCUCCCACAACACCUUCGAGACCAUGGAGAAGGCGAACUGGGAAUUCCUCCGAUUGUCGUUGCCAGUCAUCUGUCAAUCCACGUUUAUCUCGGAGAGCGAGAAAUUGCGAAGAUGGCAGGAGAUCAAGAUGCGCCAAAAUAGGCUGUUGUCAGAGCAAGUGGAACAAGCACAACUCGCAGCACCCUCUGCUCAGAUGGAGCAAAUCAUGAAGUCUGGUUUCAGCAUGAGCGACAUUAAAGGAUUGCAAAGGAACUAUUCAGAGGAUGCGGCGGAAGCAGACGAAAUGAUGAAGGAAUCGCCGCUUCCUAUGCAGAGGAACAAACCAGCCAGGCCUCCUAGGAAAGGUUCUCUGUAUGGCUCACGAGUUGGAAAUAUGGAGAACGCAAUCAGCGAGACAGAAAUGAACGGCUACGGCGACAUGAAUGGCGACGUAAAGGACGACAAGAAGAAACGUGGACGUUCGCCGUUCCGCAAAGAGACGGAGGAUGGCUCGUUCUUCUCGCGCAAAGCGAAGUCUCCGGACGCGAAAGCAAAAACGCCCGAGCCGCCAGUGCGCUCCGACGUCUCCGACAAGAGCACCAAGACUCUACAGCUGAAUAAAGCAAGUAGCCGGAUUCCCCAAGUCCGCAUAUCAAACACGGAUUUGAAGGUGAUACCACCGCAGAUCCCAGAGCGCAACGCGCCGAAAGCGAUGUCUGUUCUAAGUGGAUCUGGCGUCGAAGCGAUCGGAAACGAGAUAUACGACGCGGAGUGCCUGAAACUGAUGAACGAAUACUUCUACGGGGUUCGCAUCUUCCCUGGACAGGACCCUACUCACGUUUACGUGGGUUGGGUCACCUCUCAGUAUCACCUGCACACCAAGGACUUCAACCUGUCUCGAGUGAGGAAGGGCUCAGUGGUCAUCACCGAUGACUACGACCGUCCCAUAGAACAAGUGGACAGACAGAGCUGCUACAUGGUGAGAGCAGACGAACUCUACAACGAGGUCACGCAGGACGCCUCAGGAAAGGGUGCCUCGCAAGGGAUGUUCGUGGGCUGUUUCGUGGACACAGCAACGGGAUGGGUGUCCUUCACCUGCGAAGGCAAAGAGACGAGCCACAAGUUCAAGAUGGAGCCUGACACGAAACUAUUCCCUGCUAUCUUCGUGGAGGCCACCAGCAAGGAGAUCCUCCAAAUCGAACUGGGAAGAACCUCCACGACGCUACCGCUGUCUGCAGCCGUUUUGCAGAACUCUGAGCGACACGUCAUUCCUCAAUUUCCACCUAGGUUGAAGGUGCAGUGCUUGAAACCUCAUCAAUGGGCCAGAGUGCCCAAUCAGUCGCUCCAGGUGCACGCCCUGAAGCUUUCCGAUAUUAGAGGUUGGUCCAUGCUGUGCGAGGACGCGAUAUCGAUGCUGGCUCUGCACAUUCCUGAGGAGGACAGGUGCAUCGACAUCUUGGAGCUCAUCGAGAUGGACAAACUGCUCAGUUUCCACGCGCACACCCUGACGUUGUACGCAGCCCUGUGUUAUCAGUCGAACUACAGAGCAGCCCACGCCCUAUGCCAACACGUCGACCAGAAACAACUGUUGUACGCUAUUCGAGCGGAGUACAUGUCCGGGCCUCUGCGACAAGGAUUCUACGACUUGCUAAUCGCCCUGCAUCUCGAGUCGCACGCGACGACGAUGGAAGUCUGCAAGAACGAGUACAUCAUUCCUUUAGGCCAAGAAUUGAAGGACUUAUACGAAAACGAAGAAAUGAGGCACAGCCUUAGGUACCUGGAGACCGAGUCCGUUCGUCCUCAGAUGAAAAUGACGGAUAUCAGGGAAAUUCCUUCCAGCGACCAAACGAUCGAGAACAUAAGGAGCCUCUACAGUCCGCACUUUCCCCUGGACGUGGUCAGGGAUUACGUGAUGCAGGCUUUAAACGAGGCCGUCGAGGUCAAUCAAGUCCACAAUCGAGACCCGAUCGGUGGCAGCAAUGAGAAUCUUUUCCUGCCGCUUUUGAAACUCGUUGACAGACUACUCCUAGUUGGAAUGCUUAGGAACGAAGAUAUCAUGAAGCUUCUCAUCAUGAUUCACCCUGAAACCUGGGACCCAACGUUCGACAAAGAGGGAAAGGACGAGCACAAGAAGGGAUUGCUCCACAUGAAAAUGGCGGAGGGAGCGAAGCUGCAGAUGUGCUACCUGCUCCACCAUCUCAACGACAUCCAGCUGCGACAUCGCGUCGAGUCCAUCAUCGCCUUCAGUCACGACUUCGUCGGGGAUCUGCAGUCCGACCAGCUUCGUCGUUACAUCGACAUCAAGCAGUCCGACCUGCCGUCGGCAGUCGCAGCGAAGAAGACCAAGGAGUUUCGGUGUCCGCCUCGCGAGCAGAUGAACUCGAUUUUAAGUUUCAAGAACAUGGACUUCGAGGAUGAUCCGGACAACAUCCCCUGUGGGGAGGAUCUGAUAAGCAGAAUGAACGAAUUCCACACCAAUCUGAUGUCCUACGUGUCUCUGCACGCUCUUCAAGACGCAGCUGACGCUGCCAACGAACCAGAGGAAGAUGUCCAGAAGCCUGGCGCCAUGAAGAGACUGUUCAACUUCAUAAACGCUGUGAAAGAACUAGAGGAGGAACCCAAACCGGAACCUGAGCCAGAAAAGAAGACACCAGAAGAGGUGUUCCGCAAAGUCCUGAUAUCGACCAUCGUCAGCUGGGCCGAGGAAUCCCAAAUCGAGACUCCAAAGUUGGUACGCGAGAUGUUCAGCCUCCUAGUGCGUCAGUACGACACAGUGGGCGAGCUGAUCCGAGCUCUGGAGAAGACGUACGUGAUCAACAGCAAAACGAGGGACGACGCUGCCUUGAUGUGGGUGGGUUUGAGCCAGAUCCGCGCGUUGCUGCCUGUCCAGAUGUCUCAGGAGGAGGAGGAGCUGGUUAGAGAACGACUCUGGAAAUUGGUCAACAAUCACACGUUCUUCCAACAUCCAGAUUUGAUCAGAGUGUUGAGGAUUCACGAGAACGUGAUGGCAAUCAUGAUGAACACGCUGGGCAGACGCGCGCAGGCGCAAUCUGACGCUCAAACUCAGCCCCAAACCACGGAGGGUGAACCAGCUUCCAAGGAAAAGGACACUUCCCACGAAAUGGUGGUGGCCUGCUGCAGAUUCCUUUGUUACUUCUGCCGCACUUCCAGGCAGAAUCAGAAGGCGAUGUUCGAUCACUUCGACUUCCUGUUGGAGAACAGCAAUAUCCUGUUGUCGAGGCCGUCUUUGAGAGGAUCGACGCCGUUGGACGUGGCCUACUCUUCCCUCAUGGAGAACACGGAGCUUGCGUUGGCUCUCAGGGAGCAUUAUCUCGAGAAAAUCGCCAUCUACUUGUCUCGUUGCGGGUUGCAAUCGAACUCAGAGCUGGUGGAGAAAGGUUAUCCCGAUUUGGGAUGGGAUCCGGUGGAGGGCGAACGAUAUUUGGACUUUUUGAGGUUCUGCGUUUGGGUUAACGGUGAAAGCGUCGAGGAAAACGCCAACUUGGUGAUACGUUUGCUGAUCAGAAGACCAGAAUGCUUGGGACCGGCCCUCCGGGGUGAGGGCGAGGGUUUGUUGAGAGCCAUCAUAGACGCCAACAAGAUGUCCGAACGCAUUGCUGACCGGCGACAAGUACACGACGAAGCUGAGGGGACAAUAGUGGCCCAAUUCGAGCAUCCUCUUCCAGAAUCGGACGACGACGAGGACUACAUAGACACCGGUGCCGCGAUCUUGAACUUCUAUUGCACCUUGGUAGACCUGUUAGGUCGUUGCGCCCCCGAUUCAUCCGUCAUCGAGCAAGAGGCUUCUACAGAAUCCGUCGGGAAGAACGAGUCACUGCGAGCAAGGGCUAUCCUACGUUCUCUGGUGCCCCUCGACGAUCUACAGGGUGUCCUAUCGUUGAGGUUCACUCUACUGAAUCCUGCUGCUGGCGAGGAGAAGCCAAAGAGCGACAUGCCAUCUGGUUUGAUCCCAGGGCACAAGCAAAGUGUCGUGCUAUUUCUGGAGCGCGUUUACGGCAUCGAAACGCAAGAGUUGUUCUUCAAGAUACUCGAGGAAGCCUUCCUCCCUGACCUCAGGGCCGCUACAAUGCUCGACAGAAACGAUGGUUACGAGUCCGACAUGGCCCUAGCGAUGAACCGUUACAUCGGAAACAGUAUUCUACCCCUGCUGAUCAAGCAUUCCAAGUUCUACAACGAGGCAGACAACUACGCCAGCUUGCUGGACGCGACGUUACACACUGUCUAUCGAUUGAGCAAGAACAGGAUGCUGACGAAGGGUCAACGCGAAGCCGUGUCGGACUUCCUAGUCGCCCUCACCAGAGAAGUCCACGAGUUAAAUGUCUCUCAAAUGCAACCAAGCAUGCUGUUGAAGCUACUUCGAAAGUUGACCGUAGACGUGUCCAAGCUGUCGGAGUACACCACCGUUGCUCUGAGGUUGCUGACCCUGCACUACGAUCGUUGCGCGAAAUACUACGGAUCAACGGGUGGUCAGGGCGCGUACGGUGCCUCGAGCGACGAAGAGAAACGUUUGACCAUGGUCCUCUUCAGCAACAUAUUCGACUCACUGUCCAAGAUGGACUACGAUCCAGAAUUAUUUGGAAAGGCUUUGCCCUGUCUCACGGCCAUUGGCUGCGCCUUGCCGCCUGACUACUCCCUGUCUAAGAACUAUGACGACGAGUGGUAUGGGAGCAAAUCAGCGUCCACGCAGUCGCCCGAUGGGCCCUACAAUCCACAGCCAAUCAACACGUCUAGCGUGGUGCUCAACAAUGACCUCAACCAGAUUGUACAGAAGUUCUCUGAGCACUAUCACGACGCUUGGGCAAGUCGAAAGCUAGAGAACGGUUGGACUUACGGUGAACAGUGGUCGGAUGCGAAUAAGACGCAUCCUAGGUUGAAACCCUACAACAUGCUGAACGAUUACGAGAGGGAACGUUACAAGGAGCCAGUCAGAGAGAGCUUGAAGGCCCUGUUGGCUAUAGGAUGGAGCGUCGAACACGCAGAGGUGGACGUACCUUCGACCAAUCGCAGUUCCAUGAGGAGAUCAUCAAAAAGUCAAGGUGACUCGGCAAAUCCGUUUAAUUACAAUCCUCACCCAGUCGACAUGACAAACUUGACCCUCAGCAGAGAGAUGCAGAACAUGGCUGAACGUCUCGCAGACAACGCACACGACAUCUGGGCCAAGAAGAAGAAAGAGGAACUCAUCACUUGCGGAGGUGGCAUUCACCCCCAAUUGGUACCCUACGACCUCCUCACCGACAAAGAGAAACGCAAGGACCGCGAACGAUCCCAGGAAUUCCUCAAAUACUUGCAGUAUCAAGGAUACAAGCUCCACAAACCCAAUCGAGGUGGAGAGUCCGAGGUCGCCACUGCCGGAGCCUCAGUGGAGCUACGAUUCGCUUAUUCGUUGCUGGAGAAGCUGAUAGCUUACUUGGACAAGGCUACUAUUAACAUGAAGCUGCUGAAACCGUCCGAUACGUUCAGUCGACGCAACAGCUUCAAGACGUCCACGAGGGACAUCAAAUUCUUCAGCAAAGUUGUUUUGCCAUUGAUGGAAAAAUAUUUCAGCACGCACAGGAAUUACUUUAUCGCCGUGGCCACAGCCACCAACAACGUCGGGGCCGCGUCCUUGAAGGAGAAGGAAAUGGUAGCAGCUCUCUUUUGCAAAUUGGCGAGCUUGUUGCGAUCUAGAUUAGCUGCAUUCGGCCCUGACGUCAGGAUCACCGUCCGUUGUCUCCAAGUGCUAGUCAAAGGCAUAGACGCGAAGAGCUUGGUGAAAAACUGUCCCGAGUUCAUUCGAACGUCCAUGUUGACCUUCUUCAACAACACUGCUGACGACCUGGGCCACACGAUUCUGAAUCUUCAAGAGGGCAAGUACAGCCACCUCAGAGGAACACAUUUGAAAACCUCCACGUCCUUGUCGUACGUCAACAGCGUCGUGCUACCUGUGCUCACGGCCAUGUUCGAUCAUCUGGCUGCGUGCGAGUAUGGCAGCGACCUGUUGCUGGAUGAAAUUCAAGUGGCGUCCUACAAAAUGCUGGCAUCCCUGUACACCCUCGGCGUAGACUCCUCGUUGACGCACGAUAGGAAGUACUUGAAGACGGAGAUCGAGCGUCACAAGCCUAAUUUGGGUUCCUGUCUCGGCGCGUUUUCGAGUUGCUUCCCGGUAGCCUUCCUAGAGCCGCAUCUGAACAAGCACAAUCAGUUCUCCCUUCUGAAUCGUAUCGCCGAUCAUUCCUUAGAGGCGCAGGAUAUAAUGACGAAGAUGGAGUCGAGCAUGCCGACACUGGAGACCAUUCUGGGAGAAGUGGAUCAGUUCGUCGAAUCGGAUAAGACCUACAACGAUCUUCCUCACGUGGUUGAUGUCAUUUUACCUCUGCUGUGCUCCUACCUGCCCUUCUGGUGGGCGCAGGGUCCGGAUAACGUGAACCCAACGGAGGGAACGUACGUUAGCAUGGUCACCAGCGAUCACAUGAACCAGCUUCUGAAAAAUGUCCUCAAGUUGACCAAGAAGAACAUUGGCAACGAGAAUGCCCCAUGGAUGACUCGUAUCGCCGCUUACACUCAGCAAAUCAUCAUCAAUUCGUCGGAGGAGCUGCUGAAGGAUCCGUUCUUGCCACUCGCUGAACGUGUCAGGAAGCGCACCGAUAACAUGUUCCACAAAGAAGAAUCACUUCGAGGUUUCAUUAAAUCGUCCACCGAUGACACGUCGCAGGUCGAAGCUCAAAUUCAAGAGGACUGGCAACUCCUGGUUCGAGAUAUCUACUCGUUCUACCCUCUUCUGAUCAAGUACGUUGAUCUACAAAGGAACCACUGGCUGAGGAACAACAUCUCCGAGGCUGAGGACCUCUACAAUCACGUGGCAGCGAUAUUCAACAUAUGGUCCAAGUCGCAGUACUUCUUGCGCGAGGAACAGAACUUCAUAUCCGCAAACGAGAUCGACAACAUGGUGCUCAUAAUGCCAACAGCGACCAGGAGACCCGCUGCUAUUUCGGAUGGAACUGCACCUUCUGGUGGAGGCAAGAAAAAGAAGAAACAUCGCGACAAGAAGAGAGACAAGGACAAGGAGGUGCAAGCCUCGUUAAUGGUUGCCUGCUUGAAGAGACUGUUGCCGGUCGGCUUGAACUUGUUCGCUGGUCGCGAGCAGGAACUGGUGCAGCACUGCAAGGACAGGUUCCUGAAAAAGAUGCCGGAAUACGAUAUCGCCGAGUUCGCCAAAACGCAGCUGACUCUGCCGGACAAAAUCGACCCAGCCGACGAAAUGUCCUGGCAGCAUUAUUUGUACUCCAAGUUGGGCCAAAAGAAAGACGCCAUGGAACCAGUGAAAGCGCAGCAAUUGGAAGACGUCGUCGCGAGAAUCACCGAUAUGGCCAAAGUUCUCUACGGUCUACACAUGAUAGAUCAUCCGCAACAGCAGAGCAAGGGUCAAUAUCGAUCCGUGGUGUCGAUACAACGUAAACGAGCAGUGAUCGCUUGUUUCCGUCAAACUUCCCUACAUUCCUUGCCCAGGCAUCGGGCUAUCAAUAUUUUUGCGAGAACGUACUACGAGCUCUGGUUACAGGACGAGAACGUCGGUCAAGAAGUGAUGAUUGAAGACCUUACGCAAUCUUUCGAGGACGCUGAACUGAAGAAGAUGGACAAAGCCGAGGACGAGGGAAAGCCAGAUCCACUCACGCAACUGGUAACAACGUUCUGUCGCGGCGCCAUGACAGAACGGUCCGGUGCCCUCCAAGAGGAUCUCUUGUACAUGAGUUACGCGCAGAUCAUAUCGAAGUCUUGCGGCGAGGAGGAGGAGGAAGGCGAGGACGAAGGUGGAGGAGGCGAAGAGGAAGGGGCUGCCUCCAUCCACAAGCGGGCACAUAAGCUACUUAUGAGGCCCAUGUACAAACUCAUGGAGCAAGAAAUGGAGAAACAGAAGCUUCUCUUCCAUCAAACGCGUCUGGCGAAUCGCGGCGUAGCGGAGAUGGUGCUGCUUCACAUAUCAGCUUGCAAGGGCCUGCCCAGCGAGAUGGUCAUGAAGACCCUUGAACUAGGAAUCUCCAUCCUACGAGGCGGUAACAUAGAGAUCCAGCGAGGAAUGCUGAACCACUUGAAGGAGAAGAAAGACGUGGGAUUCUUCACCUCCAUCGCUGGUCUGAUGAACUCGUGCAGUGUCCUGGAUCUGGACGCCUUCGAGAGGAACACGAAAGCGGAAGGACUUGGGGUUGGUUCCGAGGGUGCCGCAGGAGAGAAGAACAUGCACGACGCAGAGUUCACGUGUGCCCUGUUUCGAUUCAUCCAGCUCACUUGCGAGGGCCACAAUCUGGACUGGCAGAAUUAUUUGAGGACGCAAGCUGGCAACACGACGACGGUGAACGUGGUCAUCUGCACCGUCGAUUACCUUCUGCGACUGCAAGAGUCCAUCAUGGACUUCUACUGGCAUUAUUCCAGCAAGGAGCUCAUCGACCCCGCAGGCAAGGCUAACUUCUUCAAAGCCAUAGGCGUCGCUAGCCAAGUCUUCAACACCCUCACCGAGGUGAUCCAAGGACCUUGCGCGCAGAAUCAACAGGCACUGGCUCACUCUCGAUUGUGGGACGCCGUUGGUGGAUUCCUCUUCUUGUUCUCCCACAUGCAGGACAAGUUGUCGAAGCACUCGAGUCAAGUGGACCUUUUGAAAGAGUUGCUGAACUUGCAGAAGGACAUGAUCACCAUGAUGCUGUCUAUGCUGGAAGGUAACGUUGUGAACGGAACGAUCGGAAAGCAGAUGGUGGACACGCUGGUGGAGUCGGCGGGCAACGUCGAGCUAAUCCUCAAGUACUUCGACAUGUUCCUGAAGCUGAAAGACCUAGUUUCAUCGCCCAGCUUCCUGGAGGUGGAUCUCAAUAGCGACGGAUGGGUUUACCCCAAGGAUUUCAAGGAGAAGAUGGAGCAACAGAAGAGCUAUACCGACGAGGAGAUCGAGUUUCUCCUAGCCUGUUGCGAGACAAACCACGACGGCAAGAUCGACUACGUCGCCUUCAUGGAUCGUUUCCACGAGCCAGCGAAGGAGAUCGGCUUCAAUCUCGCUGUUCUGCUGACCAACUUGUCCGAGCACAUGCCGAACGAGCCCAGACUGGCCAGAUUCCUCGAGACAGCUGGCUCGGUAUUGAACUACUUCGAGCCAUUCCUGGGCAGGAUCGAGAUCCUGGGUGGCAACAAAAAGAUCGAGAGAGUGUACUUCGAGAUUAAAGAGUCCAACAUCGAGCAAUGGGAGAAGCCACAGAUCAAGGAGUCGAAGAGAACGUACUUCUAUAACACCGUGGUGGAGGCUGGCGAGAAGGAGAAGCUGGAGACCUUCAUCAACUUCUGCGAGGACGCUAUCUUUGAAAUGCAACACGCGAGCGCCCUGAUGGCCGUGGAGGAGAGCGGAGGAAUUGGAAAAGCGAGGGAGUCCUCUUACACCUACAUGACGGACGACGACGAAGAAAGGAACAAGGAUCCCAUCAGGAGGGGCAUCCAAACCUUCAAGGACAGCAUCUACUUCUUCUUCUCCAUAUUCUCGCCCAGCAACAUCAAAAACAAGAUCGCCGAGAUGCAACAAAUGACGAUACUGGAACUCUUCGUUGGCUUUUUCAAAAUGAUAUUCUACGCGUUCUACUACUCGGGAUUCGGGGUUGGCUGUAUACUUGGCUACUUCAUGAGGCUACUCUUGGCACUGAUGAAAGGACCGCACGUGGAGGAACCUGUCGUCGAGGUGAAGGAGGAGGAAGAGAAACCCUCGAGACAUCUACCCGCCUUGCCACCUACACCGGAUGAAUCCAAUCUACAGGUGCAAGCCUUUGGAAUGGACAUAACGAAAGAGGAAGGUGGACAGAUAAAGAUCGCGCCUCACGAAUCAGCAGCUUCGACUCCGCAAUCGAGCAUAGAGGAAACUGGGGAAAGCACACCGGAAGAGGCGGGUGGCGAAGAGGGCGCUAGGGCUGAAGCUGGAACUGGAGAAUCGGAGCCGGUUUCCUUAGCCGACUUGCUGGGUGGCGAACAGGCCAGAGCCCAGGCCGCAGCCGCAGCCGAAGCAGCAGCCGCGCAACAGGCGGCCAUGGCUGCGGUGGAAGCUGAGGCGAAACAGGAAACGACCACGGAAACCUCGUCGUCCAGCAUAGACUUCUCCGAGUACACUCAUCGCAUUGUAUCCUUCUUGGCCAGGAACUUCUACAACCUAAAAUACGUCGCUUUGGUUCUCGCUUUCUGCAUCAACUUCAUGCUACUGUUCUACAAGGUGUCGUCUUUGGCUGGCGAGUCGGACGAGGAAGGCAGCGGUCAAGUAAUGGCGGACAUAUUGGCAGACAUGUCUGGCGAGGGGCCAUCUGGUUCCGGAAGUGGCAGCGGGGUGGAAAUUGGCAGCGGGAGUGGGGAGAACGAGUCGGAAGAAGAAGAGGAGGACGCAUACGCGCUGGAAUACGUGGAAGUGUCUGAAGAUUUCUAUUACAUGGCUCAUGUUAUGAGGCUGAUGGCCUGUCUUCACUCGAUCGUCUCGCUUGCCAUGCUGGUAGCUUACUAUCAUCUGAAGGUCCCACUGGCUAUCUUUAAACGAGAGAAGGAAAUCGCUCGACGUGUGGAAUUCGAUGGUCUGUACAUCGCAGAAACGCCAGAAGAGGACGACAUCAAGGCACACUGGGACAAGAUGGUGAUAUCGGCGAAAACGUUCCCUGUAAACUACUGGGAUAAGUUCGUAAAGAAGAAGGUUCGACAGAAGUACAGCGAGACCUACGACUUCGACUACAUCAGCAAUCUGCUCGGUAUGGAGAAGACCUCGUUCAGCCAACAGGAAGAAGAGGGUUCUGGUUUGAUACACUUCAUUGUAAAUAUCGACUGGAGGUAUCAGGUUUGGAAGGCCGGAGUCACCAUCACGGACAACGCAUUUCUGUACAGUUUGUGGUACUUCAUAUUCUCGAUCCUCGGGAACUACAACAACUUCUUCUUCGCUGCACAUUUGCUGGACGUGGCGGUUGGAUUCAAGACGCUACGAACGAUCUUGCAAUCCGUAACGCACAAUGGCAAACAACUGGUGUUGACGGUGAUGUUGCUGACAAUCGUUGUCUACAUAUACACGGUCAUUGCGUUUAACUUCUUUAGGAAAUUUUACAUUCAAGAGGAAGACGACGAGGUGGACAAGAAAUGUCACGACAUGUUAACGUGCUUCGUGUUCCAUCUGUACAAAGGCGUCAGGGCUGGCGGUGGUAUCGGUGACGAGAUCGGCGAACCCGACGGUGACGACUACGAAGUCUAUCGUAUCAUGUUCGACAUCACCUUCUUCUUCUUCGUUAUCGUCAUUCUGCUGGCUAUUAUUCAGGGUUUGAUCAUCGACGCGUUCGGUGAGCUUCGAGACCAGCUCGAGAACGUGAAGACGAACAUGGAAAGCAACUGCUUCAUCUGUGGCUUAGGCAAAGAAUACUUUGAUACGGUUCCCCAUGGAUUCGAUACGCACGUUCAACAGGAGCAUAAUCUUGCUAAUUAUAUGUUCUUCCUCAUGCACUUAAUCAACAAACCAGACACGGAGUACACGGGUCAAGAGACCUACGUGUGGAACAUGUAUCAGCAAAGGUGUUGGGACUUCUUCCCUGUGGGCGACUGCUUCCGCAAGCAGAACGAAGCGGUAGAGGACGAAGCCAAGAAGAAGUAAAAUUCUUAGCGUCACGUGUACGCGCGUCUGGACGACCAAUCGAUCGUUACUCGACAAGGAGGAUAUCUUUUCCUGAAACGUCUUCGAUAAUCGUAGUUUCUAAUUUCUACACGCAAAAACGAACGCAUUAAUAACAUUUGACCACCUAAGAACAAACUUUUAGGAAGCUACGUUCUCGCUCGUACGCCGGCGGACAGACUGAGAACGUCGAACGCGCGUCUACCUUCUACAUUCGACAUUUAUCAUUACUCCCAACGUCUUUACACCAAGUUCUUCAGCCGCGACCAGAGUGCGUUAAUCGUUCGUGAAAUCGCGUGUCGACUCGCGUUCACAGUCGAGGAAACCGCGAACGAGCGAACAAGCUGGGAGACUGGUGAAAUAUUUUUCCAACCUAUUUUUCCAACUUUGUAAGGGUGACUGGAUCGUAUAACCAACAGUUUCCUCCUUAGAUAGGUAAUUGCAAAAUGUUGUUAAUCAUCGAUCACGGGAACCGACUGCACAAAUUCUUACAUUUUAUCAUAAACGUUAUAUGAUUGCCUUCUUUUCAUACGUCGGGGCGACCACAAACACUUGUGCAUAAACGAUUUAAUUCAUUAACGUAAUGUUUGAGAUAUACAUACAUAAGAUAAUUACGUAAGUUGAAGGUGUUUAAAGUUUAUAUAAAAUUCCGAAAAGAUUCUCGACGAGUUACGUGGGAACCUUUUUGAUGAUCAUUGACGACUGAAAUUACGAUAUAAUCAAAGAUGUCAAUACGUUGUAAAUAACGAUCUACGACGAGAUUACCUGAGAAUAAAGAAAGACAUACUUCUUUAA